UCUUGUUACCACUAUCUUUGGGGUGACUUCCUUCUGGAGCAUCAGCUGUGUUUCUCACUUUAUGCAGAUGAGUACAGAAGCUGAGGUCAUUCACGAAUGAUUGUCAUCAUUGGGUAGUCAUAAUAAUAAUAUACUAAUAAUAAUCACUCCAGCACCUUUAUAGACCUGUAGCAGUCAGUGCAGAGGAGCAAAGAGGGUGACAGGGGAGAGACUUCUACUUAAAAGAAAAAUCUCGUCAUCAGCACGUGAUUGAGUCUGUUUCCAGAAGAGGGCAGCAGAGCAUUCAGCUAUUUGUUGCCAAACAUCACGUGACUUGGGCCUACUUCACCCUGCACAGCAAUCUAAGAUUAAGAUCAUCUGUCUGCAGCUAUGGCUCACAGCUGCUCAAAGCGCGGCGACCUGCGGCAGACCGAGGGCACAUUGCGAGAGAUCCAGGUCAAUUUGCUUGAGUGUAAAGUCUGCUUUGAGAAGUUCAACGCUCAACAGGCCGAGCGCAGGCCGCAGAAUCUGUCGUGUGGUCACGUCUUGUGUGCGGAAUGCAUCAGGGUUCUGACCCACCCUGUCCUGAGGAAGCUGGAGUGCCCCUUCUGUCGACAGCUGUGCCCUGUUGACGCCACCUCCCAUUGUCAAGUUCUAUGUGACCUGCAGGAGCUGCUCUUAUUCAGUCCUGUGGCACCUUGCCUGAAGAAAGAGACAGAAGAAGAGGCCUCGGGUGGGAGUGGCAAGGCCUUAAGUCUCUGCUUGACUUUUGGUGGCUGGGGGACCCUAAUUAACCCUACUGGAUUGGCGGUAAUGCAAUCUUCUGGAACUGUAUUUGUAGUGCACGACGGUGAGAAAAGGGUGGUGGUAUUUGCUCCUCAGGGGAAGAGGCUGCACACCUUUGGGCAAAGAGGACAUGCCAGUGAAGAUGUGUGUUACCCAUUGGAUGUGGCGGUGACCCCCUGCGGCCACGUAGUUGUGACCGACGCUGGAGAUAAAGCCGUUAAGGUGUUCACAUCCAGGGGAACCCACGUGAUAACGGUUAAGGGCAGCUUGUCCAUGCCAUGGGGGGUGGACACGGACAGCAGCGGCCACAUCCUGGUGUCGGAUAUGAAUGCGGGAACACUAUCUCGUAUCAAAGUGGACUACAGACAGGGCAUCACACUACAGGAGGGUGUAGUGGUGACGCAGUUGGAGUGCCCCAAAGCGGUGGCGUGCUGCAGGACGACCAGUCACACGGCAGUGAUGGAACAUGUGCACUCAACAAGAAAGCAAAGUUACUCCAGAUUGACAGUGUUCACGUCAGACUUCCACAUCCUCUAUCAGACAGACACUUUAAGUGUGAACCUGAAAGCUUCCGUCAAGAUCAACAUGUCUACUGUGACAUUUGACAAAAAUGGACACCUAAUUGUAGUCGACUCCCUUCAGGGGAUGAUUUGGACUUUUGGGAGUGUACAACAUGCUCCUGUUCUCACUCCUCUUGUAGCAGAGCAACUUAUUAGACCUGUUGGACUAUUGAUGUUUAACAACACUCUUAUGGUUGUGGACGGUGGAGACCACACAGUCAAGGUGUACUCAUGAAUAGCUUGACCGUGGAGCUAAAUUGCAAUUAUAGGUUAUUUUUCUUUAUGCGGUGCCUAAACUUUCAAUGUGUUUGCAUUUUUCCCCAUUAUAAUUGACAUGACAAGAUGAGAUUCAACACCAAAUCCUCAUCUUCCACACAAAAACUCAUCUAACUAAUCUCGCAUGCAUUCCAAAACUGUGAAUGUGCAGCCUCACUAUUCAUCAAAUGAUUUUUAUUUUUAUGAACCAAGAAUACAUUAUAAUACAAAUAUCGUAAACGUUUUUUUGUGUGUGGCCAUUUUAGUUUACUGUCAUGUACUUUUAUCGCACAGCAACAUUGUCAACAUACCUAUGUGAUGUUGUAUAUUGCUACGAGAAAGCGAUAAGAUAUGACAGUAUCGAUAACUGCAACUCUCAGUACUUACACCGUCACCUAGGCUUGCCACCCGUCCCUUGAAAUACGGAAUCGUUCCGUAAUUGGAAAUUAAAAGUUGCUUUUCGUAUUGAAUUUACAAUUCUAAAUUCACAAUUUAGCUUUGUCAUCUAAAAAUAUACAUUUCUAUUAAUUUUCGGAGUUUUGGGGAUGCCGCUUUUUAUCGCCCGUAAGGCUUUGGGCGCGAGGGGGGCGUCCCUUAUUUCUAUUUCUGAAAGGUGGCAACCCUACCGUUACCUGCCUUUUCCAUACAUUACAUCAAUCGACUGGGAUUACUCAAGAUACUGCAGUGCAACUCCUAAAAUCAAACAAAGUCACUUGCGAUAUUUUGGUUACCUUUAAAUAAAAAUAUCUGUUCUGGUGUCUGAUUGUUACCUCACAGAAUUAAAGUAAGCUUCAUUGUUUUUAAAUGAUUCCUGCAUAUGAUACUGCUAGGCAAAGUUUGAGUGUGCCCAGGUUGAAGUGUGUUUUUUGUGUAGUUUAUUUGACUGAAAUUGACUAUAGUGUGAUGCCACACUGUGCCAGUUAAGCAAAUACCUGCGUUCUUCGUUCUUCCUACUAAUAUCGGGAGAGGUGAGCACUGAGAAAAGCCGUCGGGAAUUUGCCACUUCCUGGUUGUAGAAUGUGUAGCAUGAAGCAUAAAGUAUAUAAAUAAAACUUUUAAUUAAAAAAAACAACUAAAAUUAUUUAAAUCUAUAGACAAGUUUCCGAGACACUUUUGCUUUACUUCCGCAUUUCUGCUGGCGACUUCAGUUUUACAUUUUCUCCAUCCAAAACAACUGUGGAGCUGGAUUGGCAUCACUCAUCAAUAUCCCUCAAAAAAGACAAUUUGGGAAUACCGCAUCCAUCAGCCAUCAUCACGACAUGGGAGGACAACAUGUUCAUGAAGGCAGAUGUGGAACCAAGCCCGUGCCAAUACAAAGACCGGGUGUUUAUCUAGCCAUGUUGCCGCUGGUGUUAAUGAAGGUAUGUUUUUCCUAUCCCACAUUUUCAUGUGUCCGGUGCUAAAAAAAUACUAAAGCUAAACUCUUCCGCAUGAUACGACUCGUCUUUGAUAUUGUUAUUACGAUGAUGAUUGUAUUUGAUGUUUAAUAUUAUUUAGUACAAAUACUGUACUGCGUUGGCUGCAACACGUUAUCUGCUGCUAGCCUGUUGCUGAUCAGUACGUGUAGGAUGGCAGAAUUAUUUAAACGCAUAAAUGCAAGUGUUACAAGUUUUUUGUUCGUUUGUUUACAGGUGAAAGACACUGUUAGGCAAAGGAAGACAACUUGAUGUGCCUCACAGCAACACUUACUGUACAAUGAGGGACAUACUGUAUAUCGAGACUAUGUGGUUUCUUCUUUGAUGAUGGAAGGCUCGACUUAAUGCUCCACCUUCAUUAAUAUUUUUCUCAUAAUUUUAUAAAUUGUGAUUUGUUGACCUGUUUUGCACAUGCUCCAAUCGUUUUAAAUAAAACAAGGAAUGGAAUCAUGUCGUCCAAAAGUUUUAUUGCGAUCAAUAUCUGCAAUAAAAAAGAAUGACAUAUUUUUAUUGUUUAUAUGUACAAACAUUGUAGUAUUUCCUUGUAACAACAAAAUCCAUGUCAGCCCUUCUGCAUUCGGAAACCGUAAUAUUAUUUGUAAUUUUACAUCAUUUUGGUCACUCAAGUGGCCGGCGUAUCAAUCUACACCUCACGUUAACACAUGCUGCACAGGUUGUUAUAAUUUUCUCCACGAUUGAUCAACGAAGUGAUAAGAACACACAUAAUAUCUUUUGGGUUGAGACUUAGAUUUGAAGCACAUCCUUAACUAAUUGUCUGCAGCUGGUUUCGAUUUAAGGCGUAUGGCGAGGUAGAUCGACACUGGCACAUUGAAGCUACCAGCUGGACCGCUGAUCAAAACAUUCCACUUCCAACUAUAUAUAUGUAGGUGCUUCCAGGAGUUCACGCACAGCACAGAAAGUCUCAGAGUCUCAUCUAGGUCGUGUUGAAUCCGUUUUUGGAGAUUCCGUGGGUUCCUCUGGUUUGAUUUUGCAGUUUUAACUUUGUCAACACACUGCUUACUUCAACUGCACUUCAUGUUGUUCUGUCUAUACUGGAAGUUCGGAGCGGGAAUUGUCAAAGAUGGCGUCGCCCAUGUUUCUCUCAGGAAACUUGUCUAUGGCGGAAAACACUCAGGUGACUUGAAAUUCCGCUCUGAGACCCCCAAUUUGGCCAAAUUUCAAAAUUGUCCUAUAUGCACGUGUGAUACAUCAUCUGGAAAGCUUACAAUCUCAAUUUUCAGGGGGAUGAAAAAUUUUGAACAGGUGGGCAUUUAAAAAAAACCAUUUAAACAGUGAAACCCUAACAUGAGGUGAAAUCCUUAGAGAGCAUAAUUAAAGACACCAUGAUUUUAACGAGAUAUUAUCGAUUACUUACCUUGUUCUGAUCCAAAAACUCCAUGUAGCAUGUAUCAACCAGUGUCAAGACACAGCUGUGAAUGGUCACAGCCGGAUUUUUGGGGGGAUUUCAUUGGUGAAACAUGGUAAUAUAACAAGGGUCGAGAUGCAGACAUCGAGCAGUGGUCGAGAUUUUCUUUUUCAUAUAUUUACCUUUUUAAACUUUUUUUUUUUUUUUUUUCAUUUUUCUUUGUUUGAAUCGAUUAUUUAUCAUCUAACG